AUGUAUUUGUUAUGCAUUAAUUGGUAUUCCAUUAUUGGUAUUCAUAUACAUUCUCAAAAUCGUUCAAUACAUUCAAAAAAAAAAUCAUUUAAUCAAUGUAGAAUUGAUUAUGUAGGUACAACAUCAGUUGAUCCAAGUUGGUCAGAAGCAAAUGAUCAAUUAAGUAAUUAUAAAGAUGAUAAUGAUGAAGAAAUAGAUGAUGUUUGUAAUCAAAUUGAAAGUCAAGUAUUUGUUUUAGUUGUUAUUUUAAUUAUUAUUAGUUAUGUUUAUUUGGGAACAUUUAUAUGUCAUCAAUUUGAAGAUUGA